GGCUGAGAGAUCUCCUCGGGCAGUAUGUCGAACUAGAUGGCGCCGACGACAAGGGACAGACUGCUCUUCAUCUGGCUCUUCGCUCAGGAUUCCCCGAGACAGUUUGGGCACUACUUGAGGCAGGAGCCUCACUCCAUUCGCCAUUUCUGCCGCUACCAUCCGUGUCUGAUCUAUUUUUCAUUCUGUUCCGUCUGGCGAAGCUUUUCAGUUACUGUUUGAUGCUGAUGUUGGUUAUGUCCAAGCUAGGCGGCCUUUAUGGCCUUUCUCCUAUCCUCCCACGUUACCCGAUCAGAAUCCUGUCUGUCCACUUCACAGCUAUGCUGCUGUUCUACGCUUUGUCCCUCAUCACCACAACCAAGAGCCUCUCUAUUGCAGAGGCAGCAACGUCAUUCAGAGGCAACUCGGAGUCUGCAGUUCUCAUGUUACUCGACUCAGGCUUCCGGCCGCAACAUAAUGACAUGAUGUUACUGUGGAUUGACGGUGUGCGGAAGGGACAUACCGGAGUGUGCAGCAGGAUGGCCAGGAUGGGCUGGGACGUGGAUAUGCCAUUUGCGGAUCCCGACUCCCCCAAGGAUCGGCAACUCGUAACCACGGCCCUUCUUUAUGCCUCCUCCGGAUCGCACAAGGACCUCGUGCUAUUUCUUCUCGGCGCCGGAGCAGACCCGACGCUCCUCGACUCAUGGGGCAGGUCGUGUCUACUGCUAGCCGCUAUGGGCAAGGAGGAUAACGAUCUCAACUCCGCAAUCCUCGAAGCCUUGGUCAACACCGACGCCAUCCGGUACCUUAACGUGAACCACUUCCCAGAAGACCACGGCUUGAAGACGUGGGCAUCUAGGCGGGCAUGGGGCUGGCCGCUUGGCGUUGUUUGCGGCCAUAUGCGCGUCGACGCUGUCAGGACCCUUCUCGACGCAGGAGCCGAUCCUAACCUGCUGGCCGCGUUCGGGAUGACUGCGCUUCACGCUGCCUGCGACAACUAUUUCAACAGCGACCAAGUAGCGGCCAUGGUCGAGAUGCUCCUCAAACACAAAGCAAACGUCAACACUGUCACUUCUAACUCAUGGACCGCUGUUGGCCGUGUUUGCAACGCUGGGAUCUCGCCUGGAGCUCUUAGCCUGUUGCUGGCAGCAGGUGCUGAGGUCGAGUCUGGGGCCGGUGAGAACACACCGCUACAGAUUGCCGCACGAUACGACGUCUCUGGUGGGCGGCUCGUGGAGCUACUGCUUCAACACGGGGCCAGUGCUAACGCUAUGGGUGGCAGGUUCGGCACUGCUCUCCAGGCUGCGCUGUCCCGGCCGUAUAACGAGGAAAACGAGGAGUUGGUACUGAAGGUGGUGUCAGAUCUCCUGGAAUGGAAAGCCGAUGUCAACGCGGCUCCCAAUGGAUGUGAUCCCCCAAUUACACAGGCGGCAAUGCGAAACAGAGUCCAAGUCGCAGCAGUACUGCUGAAGAAAGGCGCUGUUAUCCCCAUGGCCCUGGAGGUCGAUAUUCGCGAUGGUGAUGGCGAUUCAAUAUCUAAGCACAACACCCUCCUCGUGCCCAUCCUUGGCCGCCUCUUUCCUAGUCAGGACGACAUGUUUCGUCUGCUGCUCGAGCAUGGGGCGUCCCCAAAUGGCUUCACCAAUCUCGACGGUGAGGGCGACUGCCGCAAGACUAUCCUCGGCUACGCAUGCAGCUCCUCCGUGAAGGAGUACGUAACGACAGCACGCCUGCUCCUGGAGAGGGGGGCAGACCUGAACGCCCCCGAUGUACAGGGAAAGAUAGCCAUGCAUCAUGCGGCUCACGCUUUGAGCGUAGAGCACGUGCGAAUGUUGCUGGACUACAACGCUGGCCCACCAACCCAGGAGGGCGUGCAGGGCGGAUCGCCGUGGCAUUCGCUGUGCAAGGGUGCCAUGGGCGAUAUGGCGUGCCUGUAUGGGAUGGACGAAUCCUUCAAGUUUCUUAAGAUAUGCGAACUACUGGAGAGCAAGUGGGCUGUCGGCCUGGCCUGGACCCGUGACGAAGACGGCAAGAACUGUCUUCACUACUUGGCCGGACUCGGCAACGAGACGCAUCGGACAUCUCCCGCUGCCAAGCUGAUGGGCGCGUUCCUAAGCCGCUACGGCGCGGGUGUCAGUUCCGAGGUCUUCCUCGACGAGGACGGCGACGGGCACACGGCACUGGAGAUUGCGUCGGCGACCGGCGACGAGACUGUGAUGACUGUAAUAGUCGGGCACAUAUUCGAUAUGCAUCUCGAUGCUGUUAUGAAAGAGGGCGACGAGCACUAUCGAGACAUUCAAAAUCCAGUCUCUUUUGUGUCUAGGAACUCGGACUUCAUGCGCAGACUCCUCACCCAUGCCGACCAUGAGGGGCGGACGGCACUACAUAUCGCGGCAUCUAAGGGCCGUAUCUACGCUUGCCGCUUCCUCGCCGUCAACCCAUAUGCUCUCGAGUGGCCGCGACUCUCUAACUCGGGCCAGUCGCCCGCAGAUUGCGCGAAGGCGAACGGGCAUCACACGGUCGCCGAGUACUUGUCAACGUUUAAGGGCGCCGAGACCACCGCUGACGACCUCGCGAAGCGAAAGUCGAUUUUCGCAAAGGCAGCGCCGAGGCUGUGUAUCACGCGGGAGCUUGUGGACAAGGUUCUGGGCAAUUGUUCAGCAGAUGGGAACGGAGACGACUGGGAGAGUGAUUGACAGUUUAAGAUUCUCACCGAUGCCCCGUGGCUGAGUGUCUUUGUCUGAUGUGGAUGUUGUUCUUACUGACCGCUGUACGUCUCUGGUCUCUGCGCCCGUUCUUCGCGCAAAACUCUGAGAUGGUAACGUUGUCAUAAACAAGUUGCCUUCCCGCGGGAAUGCCACAUAGGACAACUCAUCUGCUCCUUAUCUAUGCAUAUACACGCGAAGCGUCGGUUCUCACGUGGUGGACGUAGGGUUUCAAAGGAUUUUAUGGAAUAUUCUUGUAAUUAUUACAGAUUGGGUUUAUUGGGUGGCUUAUUAGCAAUAAAGUCUCAAAUCAUAGGCAGAGUAAAGAAGGCGGCGGCAAAGACUCUGUCGAAUUCAAU